AGAACAUCGAAGCAUGGCGUUGUUAAAAUAGGUACAAAGCAUUGAGCUCUGAGUAGUUCUUUGACAGAUUACACGAUGUCUGAAAAGGGAGAAGGAGAAGUUGAAAAUUUAAACUCGAGCCAAACCAAAUGCGAGAAAACGGAUGGACCGCCAUCUCCUAAACGACAAAAAACGAUUGAAGUUUCUGGCGAAUUGAAAAAGAUGAGCAAAGAAGCUUUGCUAUCAAAGCUCCAAGAUCAAGAGAAAUACAUCAGUCAAAUGGAGGAUAAGUUAAAGCAAACAUCAAAUGUUGGGGAACUGACGUCUUUACGAGAGUCCGAAGAAAAGCUAAAAUUGCAGCAACAGGAGUCGACACGACGAGAAAACGUGCUUGUGAUGCGGCUAGCGACGAAAGAACAAGAAAUGCAAGAACUUCUGACGCAAAUUCAUGAUCUGAAACAAUCCCAGAAUCCCGCUGGUGAGCAACUCCGCUCCACGUUGCUCGACCCUGCCGUUAAUAUAGUAUUUCAGAGGAUGAAGACCGAAUUGGAUGAGACGAAGGAGAAACUGGAGCAGGCGCAGAACGACUUGAACGCGUGGAAGUUUACUCCGGACAGUGUUACAGGCAAAAAGUUGAUGGCAAAAUGUCGCAUGUUGAUUCAAGAAAAUCAGGAACUCGGUCGGCAACUCUCUCAAGGGCGCGUCGCUCAACUCGAGGCGGAGCUCUCCUUGCAAAAGAAAUACAGCGAGGAACUGAAGACGAGUCAAGAUGAACUGAACGAGUUCGUGAUUCAAUUGGAUGAGGAGGUUGAAGGCAUGCAAUCUACAAUUCUCGCUCUUCAGCAGCAGUUGAAGGGCGCGAAAAAAGAGCUCACCGAGGAAAAGGAAAGCAACGAAAAACACGUAGAACAGAUAGGCAUUCUAAAACGAAGUCUGGAUCCCGUCGGAGCUCAACUGCCAACUUCUGUAGAAGGCAGGAAAACGUUUCCUCGAGACGGCGAUUCGCGUCGUCACAUGACUGAUAGGACAGAGACCGAGUUUGAAGAGUCUGGGCACGAGCCAAUGGAAACCGAUUCCAGCGAACGUGGAAAAGAGAACAUAAAGACUGGAGGAAUUCAGUUUGAGUAUAAGGCUUCUGAACCACAAGUCGAUGAUCUGGGAAUGGACUUCAAUGGCGAAAAGUUCGAAUUAGAUGCGGGAGGUAGUGAUAUCGCGAGGCCAAGCGGUGAACACGUGAUUUUAGACUCCGGCGAUGUUGUUCCUGCUCAUGAAAAUGCGCAUUGUAAUGCAGAAAGCGCUGUAAUUGGUGAUAGUUUUUCGAAGACCGUUGCUUUUGAAAGUGCACGGUCGGGCAUGGAAAAUGACACAACUACGAGCGGAACCUCGAGCAAGUAUGUUCAAAACUCGAAGCUUGACGCGGAGUGCCAACGCACCGCAUCAGAAGAUGACGAGGAAGAAUCGAAGAACGACGGCUUGUAUAAUGAACAGAAAAGGAAAGGCCUGAGAAUUAUCGUGGAAAAUCCUAAAGCGAUUACGGAUCAGGCGAAGUCCAACGUAGAGCGAACAAGAAGCAGUGCCGAAAACACUAGAACAGGUAUGAAACAAGCAGACAUCAGCACAGAGCACCCAAGAACCGUUGACCACUCUGUAAACACCCCGUUCGACGUCGAUCCCAUUCCACUAGAUAAUGGUGGCGCGUUUUGUGCCCCUUCAGAACCAGGUCAGCGAAAAGCGGCUGGGAAUGUUCCCUGUCCAACAACUUUUUCCAUCAGCCAAAUUUUGGGGGAGCCCAGAAGGACGCCCUCGCCCGAUAUACCGUCAGGGGGGGUUGAUGCAGUUGUGACUAAGAUUCCCUACAUCGGAGGGUAUAAAGACUCAAAGAGUGAGUCUACGUUUAGGACCGAAGGUCCCGGGUACAUUAAUGGGGGUAGUAGGGAUGGCUCCCCACCCUUGGUGACUUAGAUGUAGAGGCGAGAAGGGAGGGCAAUGAUUUGUAUAUGUAGGUGAUGAAUUCAUGUUUUUUUUUGGAACUGUUCGCAAUUACUGGAAUAAAAUCCAUUUUAACUAAUUUACGUUUCUAAGUAUUGUCCGACGCAUAUGUUGGUAAAUAAAGUGUUCCGAUGACGAACAUAAAAACUCA